GCUCUUAGCUUAGCUUAGUUUAACUUAGCAUCGGCUAAGCUUUAGCAUAGCUGUGUGCUAAGACGUUCGGAUGAAACAAACACCGUCACACUCUUCUAGCGACGUGCACGUUUGAGAGACUAAACGUGUGUUUCUGCAUUCUGGUGCUCCACUUGCUGCUCGUCGUUAGCAGUAGUUGGCAGCCUGUCUGCUAAAUGCUUCUGAUGCUCAUGCUGUUGUUGUUACUGUACGACAAUACGUAGACGGUGUGAAAAUAUUGACAAAUUCUUUUAAGAUAAAGAGUUGCUGUCAUCGUAUUGUUAUUAAUACGAAAUGGUUCUCAUCCGAGUCCCACAGUGAAUGUCUAAUCAGUGUUUCUUACUGUCAAAUAUUUUAGGAAAGGCAAAUUGCUUAUUUGGCAUGUUUGUUUUCUGUUUCAAAUAGCGGCACUAAACUUUUUUUUUCCAGUCGCUGUUGGGAAGCCACCAACAUAUCAUGCAAUGCAACACACAAAGAUAUGAUACCAUACAACCAACACAUUAUAAGAUAAGAUACAAUGCACAAAUCGAUACAUGAUAUUCUACAAUGAUUAAUUGGUGAAACGACAAUCAUUUAUCUGAUUCAUCGAUAACUAUUGUUCUUAAUUCAUGAAUCGUUUAGUGACCGUGUUUCACCAAAACAUUUCCAAACCCCGUGAAUUCCACCCUUUCAGCAAUAAAUAUUCUGCGGCUUCUGUCAUCCGUCAUGAAAACCAACGGAUUGAUUAUCUUUUGUGUUGAAUCAAAACAAGACAUUUUGCAAAUAUCUGCAAUUAUCCUCGAAUACCUAUUUAGCCUUUUCUUGACAUGUUACGAACCAAACCCACAAUUUAAUCUCCAGUAAUUUGUGCCAAAAUCAUAAACAGAAUAAUCGAUCAUCAAAAUAAUUUUUAGUUUGCAGCCCUAGUACAAUAAAACAUGAAAACACAAUAGAACACUACAUUAUGCAAUGUAACGUGUAAUCCAGGCUUUAGCCAGUGGUCACCAAACUCCUCAGUGCAACUGACUGUUUUAUGCGACAAUAUAUUUCGAAAUGAACCCUAACAAACGAUUACAGAUAUUACGCACACUUAGCUGGACUUCAACAAUCCGUGGUCAUAUGCCGAUAAGUCUUCAGACAGUGAAAGGUAAAAGUGUCUGUCAUGGCGUUUGUUAGUCUCUUAUGAAUCAAGUUCAUGCCCUCUUUAGCAAGUCAGUUGUCCGCCUUGAUGCAUUAAAAUUAUUACUGUUUUGUUACAUCGUCACAAUGCUUGCCAUGCGUUGAUGAAAUCAAUGCCCCCCCACCCCCAAUGCCGUUGUAAUGGGAGUCAGUUAUACGCAGGCUUUUGACAUUUACGGGCCACCCUGGUGCGUAAGCCCCCCGCCAAUAGCCAAGGUCCCCUGUAAUCCAUUUUUACGAAAACUGACUUGUCACUUGACUGUGACAUCCACACGCACAUAACGUGGUAACCCCGUCAGUGUGCUGGCUGCAUCUCAGGCACAGCGUGCCGGGAGAAGCAGCGGGCGGGGUGGGCUAGGGGUAAUGCCCCUCCCACCUCCCCGGCAAGCGUCGCUCCUGAUUGGCCGGCGCUCGGCCCAGCUGAUGCUUGUGUCAGACACGGCGGAGGAGCUGAUGGAGGCAACAGCGAUGGGGUCAGAGGCCAGCGGGACAAGAUGUCGGCGGGGGCGUCGUACGACCAACUGCUGAGGCAGGUGGAGGUGCUGAAGAUGGAGAACUCCAACCUGCGACAGGAGCUGCAGGACAACUCCAACCACCUCACCAAACUGGAGACCGAGGCGUCCAACAUGAAGGAAGUGCUGAAGCAGCUUCAGGGCACCAUAGAUGAAGACGCCGAGGAGGCGUCAGGCUCUCAGCUGGAGCUCAUCGUCAGACUGAAAGAGAUGAGCCUGGACCCUGCCGGAUUUAAAGGCCGGCCGAGGCCUCCGGUGCCACCUUCCUCUUCAUCCAGCUCCGCCUCAUCUGGCGGAGGUUCCGCCGGUUCGGGCAUGUCGGCAUCGCGGAGGGAGCCGCCGUCUGUGUCCAGAGAUGGCCACGCGCGGUGCCUGGAGGAUCUGGAGAAGGAGAGAGCCCUCCUAUUGGCUGAGCUGGAGAAGGAGGAGAAAGAGAAAGGCUGGUACUACGCUCAACUUCUCAACCUGACCAAGAGGAUCGACAGUCUGCCUCUCAGCGAAAAUUUCACACUGCAGACAGACAUGAGUCGUCGUCAGCUGGAGUUUGAAGCUCGCCAGAUCCACGCCGCCAUGGAGGAACAGCUGGGCUCCCGUCAGGAGAUGGAGAAGCGAGCCGAGGCUCGCACGGCUCGUAUCCACCAAAUCGAGAGAGACAUUGUCAAGCUGGGAGCUCGACUGCAGAUGGAAGCUUCUCAAGGCUCCAAUGAGAGCGGCGGCAGUCUGGGGGUGUCUCAGAACGCAGCCGCUCGAUUGGAACACGAGCCGGCCAAUGAGACGGCCUACCCUGUGCCUCGGCGAAUCACCAGCCACCUUGGAACAAAGGUGGAGAUGGUGUACAGCCUUCUGUCCAUGCUGGGGACACACGACAAGGACGACAUGUCCCGCACGCUGCUUGCCAUGUCCAGCUCGCAGGACUCGUGCAUCGCCAUGCGCCAGUCGGGCUGCCUGCCGUUGCUCAUCCAGUUGCUGCACGGCAAUGACAAGGACUCACUGUUGCUAGGUAACUCCCGCGGCAGCAAGGAGGCCCGCGCCCGCGCCUCGGCCGCACUGCACAACAUCGUACACAGUCAGCCCGACGACAAGCGGGGGCGGCGGGAGAUCCGCGUGCUCCACCUGCUGGAGCAGGUGCGGCAUUACUGCGAGGCCUGCUGGAGCUGGCAGGAAAACCACGAGAGGGGUCUGGAGCAAGAGGACAACCCCAUGCCCUCGCCCGUUGACCACCAGAUCUGUCCCGCCGUCUGCGUCCUCAUGAAACUUUCCUUCGACGAGGAACAUCGGCACGCCAUGAACGAGCUUGGUGGUCUGCAGGCGGUGGCGGAGCUGCUGCAGGUGGACUGCGAGAUGUUGGGCCUGAGCGGCGACCACUACAGCAACACGCUGCGCCGCUACGCCGGCAUGGCGCUCACCAACCUGACGUUCGGAGACGUGGCCAACAAGGCCACCCUGUGCUCCAUGAAGGGCUGCAUGCGCGCUAUGGUCACACAGCUCAAGUCUGAGAGUGAAGACUUGCAACAGGUGAUCGCGAGCGUGCUGAGGAACUUGUCGUGGAGAGCGGACGUCAACAGCAAGAAGACGCUGCGGGAGGUGGGCAGCGUGCGGGCGCUCAUGGGCUGUGCCUUGGACGUCCAGAAGGAGUCCACGCUGAAAUCGGUACUGAGCGCGCUGUGGAACCUGUCGGCGCACUGCACGGAGAACAAGGCCGACAUCUGCUCGGUGGACGGCGCGCUGGCCUUCCUGGUGGGAACGCUGACGCACCGCAGCCACACCAACACCUUGGCCAUCAUCGAGAGCGGAGGCGGCAUCCUGAGGAACGUCUCGAGCCUCAUCGCCACCAACGAGCCGUAUAGGCACGUCCUGCGGGAGCACGGCUGCCUGCCCACGCUGCUGCAGCAUCUCAAGUCGCACAGCCUGACCAUCGUGUCAAACGCCUGCGGAACCCUCUGGAACCUUUCGGCACGCGACGCCAAGGAUCAGGAGGCCCUGUGGGAGCUCGGCGCCGUGGGAAUGCUGCGGAAUCUCAUCCAUUCCCGCCACAAAAUGAUCGCCAUGGGCAGCGCCGCCGCCCUGCGCAACCUGAUGGCCAACCGGCCGGCUCGCUACAAGGACGCCAGCGUGGUUUCGCCGGGCGCCGGCGCGCCCUCGCUGCACGCCCGCAAGCAGAAGGCGCUGUUCAAGGAGCUGGACGCCCAGCAGCUGUCCGAGACUUUCGAUAACAUCGACAACCUCAGCCCCAAGGCGGCGCACAGGAAGGGGCGGGGCUGCGGCGGGGGCGGAGCGCCGAAUGCCGCGCGCUCGUACGCCAACACGCCGGUCCUGUCCAGUCCCAAAAACGCAGACGGCUCAAAGCGAAGCGCGGACGACGCGGCGUACGCGCGGCCCGUCUUCGCCGCUAACGUGCGGGCGUCCAGCGACAGCCUCAACAGCGUCACCAGCGCCGACGGCUACGGCAACCGCGGGAAAACCAAGCCGUCGUCGGAACCGCUCUACUCCUCGGAUGACAGCGGCGCCAACAGGUGCUGCGUCUACAGGAAGUACCCGGCCGACCUGGCUCACAAGAUACGCAGCGUCAACCACAUGGCGGACGAUGACGGCACGGAGGUGGACACGCCCAUCAACUACAGCCUCAAGUACUCGGACGAGCAGCUGAAUUCCGGGAGACAGAGUCCGAGCCACCGCAGUCGAAUCGAGACCGACGACGACGACGGUCCGAGGAUGCGGAGCGACGGCGCCGCCUGCGCCGCGACCAACGGUCGAGUGCCGCAGGCGCCGGCCUCGCAUUACAUCGCGGCGGCGGCAUCCAACUACGGCGGCGACCACGCGCCAGAGCAGCCCAUCGAUUACAGCUUAAAAUACGGCGACGUUUCACGCAAGCCCCUCUUCAAGGUCGAAGACGCGCCGGAUAGCGCCCGGUCGCCGGCCCCGGCGUCUUCUGCUGGUAAGCCGCAACCGCCUCACCUGCCGCCCAAGGGUCACCAGGAGUCGACGCAGACCUACUGCGUGGAGGACACGCCCAUCUGCUUCUCCGGAGGAAGCUCCCUGUCCUCGUUGUCGCCAGAGGAAGAGGAGGAGGAUGCCGACGUUGCGGCGAGGAAGAGACGAGGGCCCGGCGACGAGGAGCGGCAGCAACAGCAGCGGCAGCAGCAACGGCGCCGGCAGCACAAAGAAGUGGAGAGUCAGACGGCCCUCGCCGGCGCCCCCGCCGCACGCGGACGGCGGGCCCACCACCACGCUCACGCCCACCACCCUCAGGCCACGUCGGGGGCCCGCACCCCGAAGAGCCCGCCGGAGCAGCCCUACGCUCAGGAGACGCCGCUCAUGUUCAGUCGUUGCACGUCGGUCAGCUCCCUGGAUAGUUUCUCCACUUCCUCCAUCGCCAGCUCGGUGCGCUCCAGCGAGCCGUGCAGCGGCAUGCCGAGCGGCGUCGUCAGCCCGAGCGACCUGCCCGACAGCCCCGGCCAAACCAUGCCCCCCAGCCGCGCCAAGACGCCCCCGCCGCAGGCCCCGCCGCUGCCGCCGCCUCCCGCCCAGGGGGAGGAAGAGGAGAAGGCCGCCGAGAAGGAGGCGGAGGAGAGCGGCGCCGACGUCCUUCUGCACUUUGCGACGGAGAGCACGCCGCACGGUUUCUCCUACGCCUCCAGCCUGAGCGCGCUCAGUCUGGACGAACCCUUCAUCACGACCGACAUGAAGCAAGACGGCGGCCGGGACGACGGCCAAGACCUGCGCAAAGAGGAAGCGGCGUCUCAACGGGGCCUCCAAGAGUCCGACGACGACGACGACACGCAGAUCCUGGAGGCGUGCAUCAUCAUGGCCAUGCCCAAGUCGUCACGGAAACCAAAGAAGCAGCCGCAGCAAGGCAAAGCCAGCCAGCUUCCCGUCUACAAGCUCCUCCCCCCGCAGAGGAAGGAGCCGCCGCCCGCCGAGGAGGUGCCGCGAGUCUACUGCGUGGAGGGAACGCCGCUCAACUUUUCUACCGCGACAUCCCUCAGCGACCUCACCAUCGACUCGCCGCCCAAUGAGGAGGCCAACGCCGGGCCGCCUGCCGCCGCGCCGCCCGCCGCCUCGCUAGCACGCCGCACCGGACUUCCAGAGGGGGAGAAUGGCGACGACAUCUUGGCCGAGUGCAUCAGCGCCGCCAUGCCCAAAGCCAAACCCAGGAAGCCCGUCAGAGCGUCCGCCGGUGGUGAGCCGGCCCAAGCCCCUCCUCCUACAGCCCCGCCCCUUUUUACCCCCCAGCAACACAAGAAGCCCGCAGGACCCACCGGACGUCCCUCGUCCACGGCGCCGGUGAAGCCGACGUCGCCCGUGAAGCCCACCCAGCGCGCGGCCUCGGCGAAAGUCAAGCCGGGUUUCGCCUUCGACUCGCCGCAUCACUACACCCCCAUCGAGGGCACGCCCUGCUGCUUCUCGCGCAACGACUCGCUGAGCUCACUUGACUUCGACGACGAUGACAAAGUCGAAGACCGGAAGCGCGACGAGGACAGGAAACGGGAUGAAGACAGGAAGCGGCACGAGCGGGACAAAAAGGCGGCGGCCGUCUUCCCUCAAAGCAAAACCGGCGCCAACCCGCCCGCCUUGGACGAGAAGCAGAAGUUCGCCAUCGAGGACACGCCUGUCUGCUUCUCCAGGAACUCGUCGCUUAGUUCGCUGAGCGACAUCGACCAAGAGAACAACAACAACGAGUUUGCGGCCCCGCGCCAGGUGGACGACGACGGCGCCGGGUCCGCGGCGCUUCCUUCCGCGCAGGCGCAUCCCAAAGCGCGCCUGUGCGGCUACACGCCCAAAGCCUUCCAUGUGGAGGACACGCCUGUCUGCUUCUCCAGGAACUCCUCGCUCAGCUCCCUCAGCAUCGACUCUGAAGAUGACCUCCUGCAGGAGUGCAUCAGCUCCGCCAUGCCCAAGAAGAAGAGAAAGAGUGCCGCCGCCGCCGCUGCCGCGCCGCCCCCUGCCGCCGCCGCGCCUCUUCCCGCCGCGCCGCUUCCUGCGCCCAAAGAGGAGGAUGACAUCCGAGCUGAAGAGGAGCCAUUGGAAGUACCGCGUAGCCCCGCCUCCCCCGACUCCGAAUCCUUUGAUUGGAAGGCCAUUCAAGAAGGCGCCAACUCCAUCGUCAGCAGCCUCAAUGCCGCCGCCGCCUCGUCGCUGUCCCGCCAAGGGUCAUCGGACUCCGAUUCUGUGCUGUCCCUCAAAUCCGUGGGUUCGCCGUUCCGCCUGCCACCGCCCGUGAGCGACCCCCCCGAGGAGGGCGGGGAGUCCAAACGAGGCGCGAGGGUGGUCAAACCGUCUGCGGAUGACAAAAAGAAGAAAGAUGAAGACGAAGAGGAGCUGAAGGCAUUGAGGGGUGGGAAGAAGGUGUACCGGAGUCUGAUCACCGGCAAGCCCAGGACGGAGCUAGCGGCCAGGGGGAGGAGCAAACCGAGAACGGCCGCCGCGGCCAAAGCGCCAGGAAGCGGCGACUCGUCACGGGAUUCCACACCGUCGCGUUCCUCUCAGAGAGGAGGGAGACCCUCACAGCUACCGCGUACGGCCUCCCCGGCCGCCCCAAAAGCAGCCGCCAAACCUGCCGCAGGAGCGGCGAAGGGCCUGGCCAGUGUCCCAAAGAAGGAGAAAGCAGAUGCGGAGAAACCCGCACUGGUCCGUCAGUCCACUUUUAUCAAGGAGGCGCCCAGUCCUACGCUCAAGAGGAAGCUGGAGGAGUCCACCGGGGCGACGUGUCGCUCGGGCGACAGCGGCGGCGCAUCUGCGGCGACCUCUCGCAGACAGGACGCCGUCCGCUCGCAAUCGGAGAGCCCGUCUCGCCCUCAGGACGCCGCCUCCACGUCGUCGUCACGCUUGAGUCGCACGGGAACUUGGAAGCGCGAGAGCAAACAUUCCACCUCGCUGCCCCGAGUGGGCACCUGGAAGCGAACCGGAAGUUCUUCCUCCAUUCUCUCGGCCUCGUCCGAGUCGAGCGAGAAGGGCCGAAGCGAGGAGGAGGCCGGCCUCCGAUCCAAGGGAACGUGGCGACGGGCCAAGAGCGCCGGCGUGGGAGAACCCUCGGACGGCGCCGGCCGGGCCGACAACUCCGACGAAGUCUGGGUGCGUCUGGAGGAUUGUCCUGUUAACAACCCGCGCUCGUCUUCCUCUUGCUCAGCCCGCUCACCCAACGCGCCGCCCGUCAUCCCCGGCCCCGCCCCCUCCAAAAUCCCCUCUUCCUCCUCCUCUUCCGCUUCCUCCAACCUGAACUUACGCCGUAGCUGUGACAGCCUAGACGACAAGCCGCCGCCGCCGCCUCAGCAACGCCUUCAGCAACGUAGUGGCACCGUGGCCGCCAGGGUCAGCCCCUUCAACUACACGCCCAGUCCCAGGAAGGGCAACCCUGACUCGGCCGCGCUGCCCGCAGCCUCCGCCGCACCCGCCCCCGCCACGCCCACACGGCCCUCGCUUAUUCCCACUCCUGUCACCAAAAAGCGGGAGCCCAAGGGCGGCGAAGGAGGAGGCGGUGGCGGUGAACGCGGCUCCUAUAUUGUCACGUCCGUAUGAAAGCCACUCUACUUAAGCCCCGCCCCUAUCUACUCCGCUCUCCCCCUUAUUGGCCAGACUCAGCCAUCAGUCAGUCAGGCUGGCUGUCUUUUUCUACCACUAACGAUGUGUAGCGCUUAGCUCGUAUUUCCGCAUGCUCCCGCAACUCCCCCCCGAGAGACCCCACCCCAUCCCGCCCCCUCCCACCCACUCCCAAGAAGAAGACGCUGUUUAGCGGAUGCUGUUCGUGUGGACGUUGUUGAUGUUUUCACUGACAAACACUGUAAUGCCUAACUUAUUAAUUUAAAUGUUUUUGGCAACAUAAGACAAGAAUAAAAGUCAACAUUUUAGCUCUCAACACAUUUGUCGUGCAUCCUGGGGGCGCCAAAUUCCGAGUCGCCCUUCACAAAGGGGUGGACCCAUAACAUCUUUGGACCACUUUUGGUUGGCUGGCAUGCCAACAAACAAAUGUACCUGCUGUGGUGCCUUAAGCUACGAGUCAAAUUAUUUCCAAGAUGCAUUCCAUUUGAAAUGAAUGGAAUGUAAAUGAUCCAUUGCAUCCACUCCAAAAAAAAGUGUAUAAAAACACACUUAAACAUUUUCCCUCUGCAAACACGUAACAUGCCAAAUUCCAAUCCACUAAUAAUUUGGGGGGUUCCCUCCAUACUGGAAUGGUCAUAUCUCAAUUUAUUCAUCAAUCGAUUUAGUAUGUGCCAUGACUAACUUGGAUGAAUAAAUGAUAACAAUGCUUUCUAGUGGAAGAGAA